GACGUAUAUACAGCGCUCUAUGCUCAUCCUAGUUAUCCAUCUCGCAUAAUACCCUGUCGACGACGAGCAACAUAAUACCGCAAACGGACACCGACCUUCCUUACGUACCUGUCGCCAUCAGCACUGUAGGAGCAGCAUCCCAACCAUGUCUGUAUCUUCCAUCAUUUCCGUCUCGCCAUCCGUGUCGUCCUUGAGAUUCGAGCCUGAUCUCGCACCUUUGCAGCCCAAGCCUGUGGACUUAUUACCGCUUCUUGGUGAUCCCGAUCACCUCAGCGUCUCUCAGAAACGAGCACUUGCCAGCCACGCACUCCGGCAUGCCCUGCUGUUCGCAGACAUCGCACUGCUCAUAUUCCUCCUUAAUGACCCGACUGCCAAGCCUUCGCUGGACCUGACUAUAGCGGAUGAAGAUGGAAGAGGGGUUCUGACGAUCGCUAUGAUGGGGUUUGGGACGGAGGAUGCGGAGAGGGAGAUGGACAGAGAGGAAUGUUGUAGGAUGCUGCUCGUUGCUGGGGCGAGCAUCGAGAAGGGUGACAACGCUGGAUGGACACCGUUUCAUUAUGCUGCAUUGAUGGCACCCCCAACGCUCAUCACUUACAUGCUUCAACACUGCACAUCCCAUGGUCUGCGCACAGAAGAUCUCCUAAACGCACGCACAAACCGCAAUGGCCUGACACCAUUAGACGUCAUCUCCGCUCACACCCCCUUACCCGGGCGGGAAGGCAUCAUACUCAUGUUAGAAGAUGCUAUGGGCGUGGGAGCGAUGAAAGAGCGGAUGAAACGCGAGCAGCGGGAGGCCGAAAGACGCCGUUCAGAGGAGAAGAAGGAGUGGCUCGAGGAGCGGCGGAAAUGCCUGAUGACCUGGGGUCUGGGAGGCUGGGGGGAGGAUGACGAAGAGGACGAAUUGGAUGGCGACGAGGAUAUGAUGAUGUGGGACUCAGACUCGGACGAGGAAGACGUUCUCUCCCCGCCUUCGUCAUGGGAGAGCAUGCUUGCUUUCUCCCUUCCCUCGCUGCAAGGGUUCCUGAUGCAUCUCAUCGAUCAACAGAAGCCUACUCUCAACCCCGUAUCAAGGAGGUCCCUGCCGGCGCAUGUGCUCUGGCUCUGUGGCCGAUUCGCGAUCGCCCAGGCAGACGAAGAUUGGUUUGACGAGGUACUGCUAGGAGGACUGAGCAGGAUUGAGGAUAUCAUUUUGAACACCAACGAUGUCCCGAUCCUUGCCUUUUGGGCGUUCAACGUCACCCUGCUCAUGUAUCUACUUCGGACCGACAAGCUCGUCUCCGGUUGGGCAGAUGACUUCGAGCACGUUGGAGUCGCGCUAGAGUUACUCGAUUACAUCUACAACGGCAUCGUCAGAUCGGUCGAACAUCGAAUGGCACCCCUAAUCGAUUCGACAAUGUUGGAUUUCACGCCUCUCGGUCCGGACCAAGGGUUUGAUCUUCCUCAAUACGAAGGCGAAUGGACCUUCCUGAAAGGGGUGCGGGACACCCUCCGACUGAAGAAACCGGCAUCAGCAAACAACUCCCCUUCCUCCAAGCCCGGUACACCGAAACAAGCCGUCCCACCACCUUUACCACCUAAAGAUCCGCCUCGUCCGCCCCCCAAAUCCUCAUCAAUAACGGACAUUGCCGCCCAAGCAGGGGGCAACAUUGCUCGUGCCAGCGCCGAGCCCAAGGUUUUCGCCGAGCUCCGAAAAGCCGUAUCUCAUUCCCGACCACGGACACCACCUGGACCGGGAAACUUCUCCCCUUCUUCAAAAGACGAGCCGGAUAUCGAUUCCCCGCGAACGCUCAUAACGUUGUUUUCCUCCCUGCUCCGCGUACUCCGAUUGUACGGUCUCAACCCUGCAUACAUUAUCCAGAUCUUCUCCCAGAUCUUCGUCUGGAUGCACGCGGACAUGUUCAACAAAGUCAUCUCGCGAAGCAAGUAUUUGUGUCGCAGUCGCGCUCUCCAGAUUCGGAUGAAUAUUAGCACUCUCGAGGACUGGACAAGUAGAGAGGGACUCCCAAGAAGUCUCGUAUCGAAGCACUUUGAGCCGCUCUCCCAGCUCCUUCAAUGGCUCCAAUGCUGUAGUCAGAUCGACCAGUUCUCGGACCUGAUUGCCACUGUCCAAACCUUGCGCAGGAUCAACCCGCUCCAGAUGCGCAAGGCCGUGCGGGACUAUCGGUACGAGGUGGGCGAGAGCCACAUGAACGAGGAGUGUAAUCAGUACCUGCAACAGAUGCAGCGGGACUGGGAAAGGCGCCGGCUCAGGAUCGGCGUGGAGAGUAUGCGCAAGGAUAUGGAGGCACGGGAGAGGGAACGAUCAGAUGGAGGUAGCAGCGAGGCUGGGUUCAUUCCCGGGCUAGUGGAAACCGGCCAAUUUUCUGCGACGGACGAGCAGGCCGAGAUGCGCCGUGCGCAAGAAGCGAUCGAUGCCCUUUUUGAUGGGGAGACGACAAUGGCCGAUUGGGUGCCGCCUCAAGCACCUAUGGCUGUUGGCGAACUGCAGAACGCGACCUACAUACUGCAUGUUUUCUGGCCUACGGGGGUGAGGCACCUUAUGGCAGAGCCUGGGGAUUCCUGGAAUCCGAGCUUCACUUCCCCCACUUCGGCGUUUCUUACCGUCCCGGGGCGACCGACGAGCGCAGCAUCAAUGGCUAGUAUCGUCUCUACCCGCUCGUCAAAACAGAUGGAAUGGAAGCGGCGUUCCGCGAGGGCAUUGCGGGACACCUGGACUCUCUUACCACAGUGGAUCGAUGCUCUCUCCCCUGGUGUAUUCUGGGAAGACUACAGGGGGAACAAGUACGUCAAGGCUGCCGCGUUGGAUAGUGAGGAAGAGGAGGAGAACGAGGUUGAGCAGGUGGAGUUCGACUUGCUUCAGGAGAGGGACAGCACGUUGGCGGAUUUGAAUAAGGGGUUGAGGCUGCAUACACUCCGCGAAGGGCUGCCGGAGGAGGAUGAUGAAGAGGAAGCGGUGCCAGAGAUGCUGCAGGGGAAGACAAGAAGCUCUGGAGAAUCGUCACUUCUCACACCUCAACCUUCGGACCCGCCCUCCAUUCCUCCAGUCAUUGAGCCACCGCCGGGAGAAGACGCCUUCCACACUCCGCCUGCUUCACCUCUCCCCGAAGAACCGGAGGAAGACAAAGUGGAGUUACUGAGGACGACCAGCGUACAUUCCAAGGUUACUAUACGAAGAAAACUGAGAAGGAAGAGAAGGGACGGGAGCGAUAUUACCGUUAAGCCGGACAGGAAGACCAGUGGGACGUUUGGAGGAUGA